GAACAGAUACGCCAAGACGUCCCAGAGAGCAGUCAGAGUGAGUUGUACUUUUUCCAGCUUUGUUAUUUGAACAAUAUGCAGUGUGAGAUCGCUUUUUGGGGUGUUUUGAUGUAAUUGUUAAAGCGUAGAUUUAUUGGUGGAUUACUGCAAUCAAGAGCAGCGAGAAAACGAGUCGACGCGCAUCAAGAUGUUGCUGCACGUUUUGCUUUCGCGGCAGUGAGCAAAUGGGAUUCAUUCCAACCAUUUGGAGUUUUGUCCAUGGAUACUUUUCAAUGCAUGUCUCUGUGCAUAGUGAAGGAACAAAUAUGAGCACACUUAGGCUAACUAAAGUGGUCGAUAAAACGCGGCUAGACGACGGCGGGUAUGGAACAAGAGGAGUUGUUUGUUUCAAUCUCUGGUAAGAACAGAGAAACAUUAUGGAUUAUGGACCAACAAAUGGAAACAUUUGACCCAAUAAGUUAACUUUUAAGCUGUUGCAUGUGGGCACAUCAAGGAAUGGCACGCUCUGGCAACCCUGCAGUCACUCCACGGCUGCAGAUAUUGAUAUUGUCCGUCGGCUGUGCGUUGAUAUAUUUAUCCACCGCAUCACCGGCACACAACCAGCGUUUGAUAUGCUGGCAGGCCAUCAUGAAGUGCCAAGGAGAACCGGAGUGUCACUACGCGUAUACUCAGUAUCUACACGCUUGCGGUCCGGUAAUAAACGGCAAUAGGAAGAAAUGUCCUAGCCACUGCAUUUCUUCCAUCAUUCAGCUUAACCUGACUGUGAACGGCCCGGCACUGGAGGACUGCGAGUGCGCCUCGGACACUUUAUGCAAGAUGACCAAGCGAGCUAUCGAACCCUGUAUGCCCAGAACCAGCCACAUGGGCUGCACCGAAGCUCGUAAGCAGUGCGAGAACGAUCUCGAGUGCAGCACCGCCAUGCGGGACUAUCUGUACCACUGCAGGAAACUGUUCGGAGGAGAGCGCUGUUCGGACGACUGCCGGCGGGUCAUCACGAACAUGCGCUCCAUUCCAAAAGCCCAGCUUCUGGACACUUGCGUGUGCGACGGCACAGAGAGGACCAUAUGCGAAUAUGUCAAAGUCAGCAUGAAAAACUUAUGCUUUAACGACAGAUAUGUCGGUAGUGGCUUUUCAGAUACCGAGGACGACUUGGAGGAAGACUACGAGACGGAUUAUGAGGAAGAAGAGAACGAUGCCCGGGAUUUAAGAGCACAAAAGUGUUCGAUUGUGAUGUCCACCAUUUUGACAUUUCUCGCUUUUGUUAUAUUAAGAUAGGCUAAAUCAUGUUUUCAGAGUUCAGUGGUUAGCUGCAUAUUUGGCCUGGUGGAAAUAAUGAGACCCCCCUAAAUUAGAACUUGCAUCCUCGGUGGAAAUCCAAGGGGGUUCCUCUCGGUUAAAACGUUACAAGUAGCCUAUUACUUAUCACUUUAUUGUUAGUUUACACACAAAAAUAUGACAAGACCAGCUGUGUUUUGUUUCAGAUGUGUUUAAAAUAUAUUUUGUUGUGAGACAUUUGCGUUGCACAAGACGAAUCUCCAUACAGAAAACUGAUACUGACAGAAAAGUAGCUCUCAUGAAAGUGUUCGAAUCAUUCGCACUUUGUAUUUAUAUUUGUAUUUCCUUAGGUGCUUAUAUUGUACAGGUAGCCUACACGAGAGAUGGUUAAAAGGAAGAAAAUGGCGGAAGAAGAAAACCAGAAUUGUUUUUUUUCAAAACCUAGUUGAGCUGCCAAAAUCUGCACACCAUGAAAAGGAGUCAGUUGUUCUUGAUGUCAGGAAAAUAUAUUGGAAAUAUGUGCUCCACUAUAUUAAGUUAUUAUGAACUAUUGUGGAAACUUCUAUUCAAAGAGAUAAAAAAAAAUAAAAAGCCUACUGGAAGUUUAUUUUUGUAUGAAAGAUUGGUUAGUGUAAAUUGUAUAUGAACUACAUAGUUAUUGUAAAUGUGUAUGUUUGUGUAUCAUAUAAUUGUGUGAAUAAUGUUGAUAAACAAUACCAUGUAAUACUGUUUAUAAUGUUCAUAAAGAUUGGCUCCAAAUUAUUACAAAACUA